GAGCGGUCUUCAAAGAUGGCGGAGUGGCGGAUUAUUGGAAACGUUAAUACCUGAUUGUGAGUCAAAAUAACCUUAAUUUAAAUGAACAUGUGCCAAGUAUUAGCUACGUUGGUUAAUUAGCUGCAGGAAGAAAUAAUGGAGGACAUUGAUGUAUUCUAUAUGGACCCAGCGUUUAUUGACCCUGAUGUUUAUGACUUGUGGCUGCGUGGAUUCUGUGGUAAUCUUGAGCGUUCUUAAGCUUAUAUUUGGUGAUUUCUUUUUGAUGCUUUUUGCAGUAUAAAUGCAAUGGUCUAACUAAAAGACAGGCCUGGCCAGGGGUGGGUAGUGGGAUAGCAAUAUUGAUGGUUUCACAGUGGUUGUCUUUACACCAGGCCGUUAAGUAAGACUUAAGAGCUGCUAAGUUUUACUUAACCAAAGGUACGCGUGUGAAGGCCUAAGUAAAAUCUCAAGUUAUUUUACUUUGCAUCUCAUUAAAGCCGGAAAGUUGAAACGAUUCAAGAAAGUUUCAAGUGACUUGAAAACCAUCCUUAAAACUGAUUUAGAGAACUUGCGGUUUCUUGUGUUUGAGAAAGGCGAAUCGUGUCAAUCAAUCUUAAUUAUGUUACGUGGGAAAAUGGCCUUAAGUAAACCUGAAGUAAAAAAAGAAAAAUUGUGCGUGAAGCUUCCUUUUACUUGAAGAAUUUAAAAUUUACUUGUCUUCAGAUAUUUCUUAGCUUAUUUAGACUCUAGUGUAAAGACUACCAGUGACGUCAUCAUAUUGCAAAGUCAAGAAAGCAAGAGUUUUACGAAUUUUUAGGCCAUCCUCUGUUUAGCGUCUUCCGACCGACCCAAAUUUUUGGCAUUUUCAAAAAAAAAAAAGUAACGAUGUAGUUAAACCAUUUUUCACUUGAAAUAAUUCUUUUAAUCUGAAAAAUGAGCAUAGUAACAGCAUAGAGAAGACAGGAACAAAAACAGGAACAUGUUUUACAGUAUAUUGUGCAUUUUGUUAUAUUAUGUGCAUGUUAACUUUUACCGUCGUCCUGGGGUACCAGGGCUCCCUAUUCUGAGCCUUCUUGUGAUUUUUUUGUUAGAUUUUUUUUUGCAAUCUGAACGAAUGACCCAAUAUCAGGAAAUGCAUUCAAUGCUAAACAAAAAAAAAUGGGGGGAUGGCCUUAUUUACACUAGGUUGAAGAUAAAUAAACUUUUUACUUUUUUCAUGAUUUCUGUGAUAUUCCUGAAAAUGGGCAAACAUAGUAAUUUUCAAAUUAGUUCCUUACAAGUAGUAGAUCUAUGACGAAUUUUACAGUUUAACAGAAAAAAUGAAAAAUAUUUUAAAGAGUUUAUAUGGUUUUGGGGGAUGCUGUCACAAAAUUACAGACGUUUGUGUGGAUCUUUAAUCAUGUUCAAGAAGCAUAACUUGAUCCCUGUUCAACUUUAGAGCACCAAACUUGGUCAAAUAAGCAAUCUCAACAUGACUUUUUAUAUGGUAGUGUCAGUUUAUCGAUUAGUUUAAAUUUGAAACUGGCCUGCAGUUCCAGAGAGUUAACAAGUCUAGGAAGUUAAAUUAGAUAGAGUAAAUUACAAUAUUAGGGUUGGAAUGACAUCUUUUCUCUCUGACCCAAGGAAUAAGAUAUACAUUGUAUAAUAACUAAAAAUUGUAAAAUCUUUAAUACUUAAUACCUAAAAUUGCCUCGAAACUAAAUACCACAACUUUACAAUGAUUUAGCUGGUUACUGAGAAAUAACACACCCAAAUACAGUUUCAACACACAUUUAUAUAUGAAAAAAUGUAUAAAAACCCGUGUCUAGAUACCAAAUACUAAAAAUUUAGGAAAAGAAGGUCCAUAUUGUGACAACAAAAUGUGACCGUGAAAGGCAAAACAGACCCUAACAGAAAAUCAUUCGAAUGGGAAGAAUGCAUGGAUAACAAACAGUUAACAAACAAUCUACAUGUAUUCUGAUAGUUCUAUCUAUGUGCUAAGGGACCGCUUGGGAUUCGUUAUGUGUUAUCAGUGACAUUCUGUGGAGCAGCUGUUUUGAAAGUUAUGGACCAAAAGACACUUGUUAAGCGUGGAUGAAGUUAUAAGGUGCAUGUAACUGUGUAUAUAUAAACACUUGGAGAGUUUGCCAGACAUGACAUGAGUUUAUCAUUCACAAAUCUAUGAUUUGAAACAAUUUGCAAUUGCCAGACACUCUUUCUCUCUCUUUGGGAGAAUAAGCAAGACGAGUGAAUCAGUAGCCAGCUCAUCCCUAGUAGAACAAUGGAUGGUUACAGAAAUUUGCCGACAAUUAAAUUCUGCGCUGACUUAUUGCCUGCCCACAAAUGUCCUACUUUCUUCUAUAAAGUAUUAUUUUUAAAGUAUUUUCUUUUACGACAAUACUUUAAAAAAAUAGUUUAAACUUAGUUUUAACUAUCAAAAUAGUUAAAACAGAAAUGACUAGAAUGCUGGAGUGUGAAUUGAUCAAACCUUUUAAUUUCUAAGGCUUAAAGGCUUACUUUCAGGCUAAUAAAAUAGCGAAAAAUGCCAACUUCUAAUCAAAUCUUUUCACAUGGUAUAGAGUAAAAUAUUCUCGAAACUGAGAAUGUUUUGAUCAAAGCUUUGUAAAUCGAACUCAAUUAGUGCAUGGAAACUUGCAUUUCCUGUUUUUAUCUCGCCUAUUGUAUGUAAUAUGUGUGAAAAUCUCCAUUAUUAUGGAAAGAACAAGAAUUAUAUUGAACGACAAUAUACAGAAAGGGUUGUCAAAAAGUAGCCAGCUGCCGUCAAAAAUAGCCGCCUACUUGGUUAGAAUUGGCCGGGUACUCUGCUUGGCAUUUCUUUAUAGAUGGUGUUUUUUAAAUAAAAUAUCCCUGGACUGGCCGUUUACUUUGACAACUCACCCCUCUACUUCAAAAAUUUCUGACAACCCUGAUACAGAGUGGGGGCAGCUGUAGUGUCAGCUAUUACUACACUGUAGUUGUAACAAAUAUGAACUACAAAUUAAUAUGCAUCUCUAAGUGGAAAAGGGCAGUUUUGCAUGCAAAUUCACCUCGGGUUGGCCAACUGCGAACCCGUGACUAGUAAGCAUACUCGCCUGCGAUUUGCGAAGUUGGAUGCUUUAACAAAUGAUCUUUUUGUUCGAUUUCACCCUUAUUGUGAAGCUGCUGGUCCAAGUUGAAAAUAUUUAAUAUCUGUGGAGAAAAAUUGAUAAGGAAAGUGUCAAGCACGAACCUCUAAAAUUCAUAGUAAUUGUUUGAACCGAGAUGUCACAAUUUUUCAAACGGUCAUUUUCAGUUUGGGAAUGGUUCAAAUGGAUGUCUAAACUGUUCGAACAGAUGUUGCAAAUCCUUUGAGCGGAUGCUAAUGUUUAUCGAACAGAUAAGCAACGCAUUUUCAGAAUGGUUGAUCAAUCACUCUGAGCGGCUUUUUUAAAGCGUUUGAACGGAUAACGAAUAACGGCUAGUGUCUAUUUUGCCUUUCACGGUCACAAAUACAGUAUUAAUACCUGAAUUGAAAAAGACCUCAUAUACCCGAAUAAUACCCAAAACUGGAAAAAAACUGGCCGGGCCUGAAAAGAAUUUUUCCUAGUCAUUUUCAAAUUCCUUUUCUUUCUGCUAGAAAAUGAAGCAACUCAGAGGCGUGAAUGUGAUGAUUUAUCAAAAAACCAUGGAGCUUCACAUUCUAUCAUUACUAGUGACACUCAUGACCAAUUUCGCCUGUUCUACAUCCUGGAGCGAUUCCUUCAGUCUCCUCCAAUGCUAGAUAGACAAAUGCUAUUACAGAUUUCACCAGAUGUUCAGGAUAUGCUGAUUGAAAAGUAAGACAAUCAAUUUUUCUCAGAGCAAAAACUGGUGAAACAGUCACAUAAUUUGUAAGAAAACUAAACCUGCUUGUAAAAAGAAUAACAUACCACAAACUGUUAUUAAAGUUAAGCUUAAUGGACUGCAUAUAAGCCAGAGAUACUAACCUCUGGAGGCUUGAACUCUGGAGACUUUUUCUUUUGCACUACCACCUCCUCCUCCCCCCCCCCAAAUCUUUAACCCACCCCACCAUUAAUUUUUUUUUGUGCAAACAAAAAGUUUGUAGACCCAGUCCCCAAGCCUUGAUUGCACGACAAUGACAAAAAUAAUCUUUGAUGAGAGGAUUGUUAUUCUUUUACUGGAAAGCAUUAUCAACUUCUAUUUGGGAGAUCAUAGUUAAUUGUCUGAGACCAUGCAGCUGUAUAUGUAUCAAGGAUUUUCCCUUGUCCUUUUUGACAAAUGGCCAUUCCCUUUAUAUGACCACCUCUCUAUUAGAAGAGACCUUGAAACAACAGCCACAUCUCUACAAUGGCUAUUCAUCAUCUUGUUCUUGUUCUUGGGCGGGGAGUGGACCAGAGGAAUAUUAAUGGGGUUAUAACCAACAAAAAUGCAACAUGUUCCACCAAAAUGAACUUGUAAUUACCCUCUUUGGAAAAAUGACGCUAACCAUAAUCAUUAAAAUAUGUUAGAAAACUAAGGGAUAGGUAACUGAUCGCUAAUGCCUUUGAAAAUCAUUCUUUAAAUGCUUGAUACUACAGGUGUAAUCUCUCUUGUAUAAGUACAUGAAAGUCAGGUUUAACCUAAUUCUUGCAGGUCAGGAUCACUUCAGUCAUUUUGUCCUUGCACUUUGAUAGGUACUACCAGUUUGAUAAAGAAGUGGUGCGAGAACUGUUGGGUAAAAAGCUGACUGGGCGGUUAAGAAAGGACUUAGAUGAUGUUAGUGAGAAGACAAAUAUAACUCUCAAGAGUUGUCGCCGACAGGUUUGUACAAGUUUCUAGACUAAACACUUGUAAAAUAAUAUAAGAAUAAAACAGUUUGUUUUUUGAAAAUUUUGUAGAAGCCUUCUGAAAAUGAUUGCCAGUACCUCACAUGGGCCUGGUGAAAAUUUAUUUAUCCAUACUGCUCUAUAAGGGAACCAUUCCUUGUGACAAUUACAUGUACAUAUUGAUCAAAGUUUAAUAAUUUUGCAAGUUUGCAUGUUUUAACACCCUCAGCAAUACCAGUAACCUCCUUCUUGGGCUCUGGUGAGAUUUAAAAUGUACAUCAUUAAAAUAAUCAGGUGCAAAUUCUUAAAUAAUAAUAAUAGGCUUUAUUUAUCCAUCUUUAAAAAUACCAUAUACAAUGGAUUUACAUAAUUAAAGGGGAAUAACAUAAACGAUGAAAAUACUAUUGAGUAAAUUUCUAAUAAAGGUACUGAAAGUAAAAAUGUGCAGAUCACAGAAGUAGCUAGGAGUCUUACAGCUUUUGCUAAAGACAAGUUAUAGUACAUGUAUGUCUUUGCGUUCCUGACUUUGGUAUUUCUACUGAAUCUGGUAUAGAUCUUAAGUUAUAGCCAUGGCUGGUAUUUGGCUUAGUGAGAAAAAUUUGAUUUGGGUGGUUAAUAUCAUUCACAAUUCUUUUUAAUUCACACUUUGUGGCUACUUUGCACCUGUCCUCUAAGUUUGGAAGGGAUGUUCUUGGUAUGCCGAUGAUAUCUAGGCACCUGUUUUGUAUAGGCUGUAACUCUUCUGCAAGGUACUUUGGCAAACGGCCCCAUACUGGGGAUGCAAAGUCGAGAAGUGGGUGUAUCUGGGUACAAUAUAUCGUAAUUCCAAUCUCUGUAGGUAGGUUUGCUUUCCUGCAUUCCCUCAAUUAAUACAAUCUCUGGCUGGCUUUCUUUACUGUCUGUUCAAAAUGGUAAUUCCAACAUAGGUUGUCUUGUUGCCAUAACCCCAGUAGCUAAAACUUGGAAAGUAAGUAAAGUACUGGUAAUAUUUUAAAGUAAUAUUAUAAAGUAAGUCUUAAGUAAUAUUAUUUUCUGGGUGACAAGAGGAUCCUGCAAUCCUAGUCUCCAGGUUGCUUUACCCAUGCGUGGCACCUAUUUAUACCCAGCUUUGUGUGGACUUCCACUAAGAAUGAGUGGAAUGCCUGGCAGAACACUAAGCCUUGGCAAUGCUUAUUUUGACGGGCGUAUAGAAAAGCCGGAAUCCGGAAUCCGGAACUGGAGCCGGAAACGGAAACGGGAACGGAACCGGAACCGGACCCGGAACUUAAAUUGAGACCAAGGUAAACUGGGAAGCACUGAAACCAGUUCCCGAUAGCGGUGUGGGAAUAAAAUUCAAGGCGGCGUCCUCUGUUAUCAUUGUUUUGAGAAAUUUUCAGCUUAGUGAUCGUGAUACCAAAGGUAUACUCACAUUCGGAAAGUGAACUUGCAAAAAAAAAGGUAAGUGUAUCCUACUGUUAUUCCUAGCAGUCAUAAACUGUGACUGCAGCUGUAGGUCGAGCAAUUUUUGACUGAUCCAGACUACAACUAAUCAGAAGCCGAUUGACAGCGAAAAACAGCCAUUAUUAGUGUGUGAUGUUUAAGACCCCUGUGUUAUUCAUUUCCUUCUCUUGAGCCUAAGUUACUCAUUUCUUAAAAGGGCUCCGUGUUUCAUCCAUUGUGAGGAAAAGGCGGCAAAGGGAGGAGGAGUACUCAUGUCAAUCAUGAUCCCAAGUUGCAUCGCUCACGCGUAUAUGAAAUUCUAGAAGAAAAAUUUUGCGCCGUACGCAAAAAAUGCGACAGAAAAAAAUAUAAUAACAAUAAAUAAAUAUAAUGUGGGGAUGAAAAGUCUUGAUCGAACAAUAAUUGUUAGUGACACUCUUAAGACAGAAAUGUCUCCAAGUUUUAUUUCUUAGGUUCGGGUUCGGGUUCGGGUUCCGUUUCCGGUUCCGGAUUCCGGCUUCCGGCUUCCGGCUUUUCCAUACGCCCUAUUUUGACCAUCUAUCACAUGAAACUUAUGCAAAGGCUUUCUUUUUGCAUCUGCAUAAUUUGCGUGUUUAGCUGUUUGUUUAACUUCAUUUAUGUGCCAAGCACAUUGUUGGAGCAAGAGCAUUUUUACCUUUGAUUUUUGUCCCCCAUACUCCAUAACCUUUGGUUAUUACAUGUACUAGUAACUACAUGUACAAGUACAGUGUACUGUUACUUAGAAGCCCAUAAACACCUGAAAUAUUUCUGGAAUGCUGGCUUUCUUAUGGCCAGUAACUUAAGGUGUCAGGACAACUGAGCUUGCCACAAAACCACAAAUUAAUAAUUUGCUGGUUAGAAUUUAGUUUUCUCCUGCCUGAGUUACUUUUUCUUGUGUUCACAGUUUAUAAGUUCCACAGUAAACAAGCUAAAAAAAGAAUGUCUGUUUCCAAUUUGCAUGUUGGACAAAAAAAGCUAUGAGUAUUUUAACUUCUAUUAUUUUGUUUAACAUUUUGCAUUUGUUUUUACUUAAUAGUUUGACAAUGUGAAAAAUGUGUUGAGAGCAAUAGAGGAGGCUGAAAGGGCUGGGCUUGUUGACACCAUAAAGAAGCUGUUUUUGCUGUCUGAUAAUUUAGCAAGGUAACUCAGUGAAUGACAAGUAACGUUUUUACUGCACUUUUCAGAAACAGGCGAACUCUAAAGUUCAAAAGCCACCUUCACAAUUGCAUUUUUUGCUGCCGUCAAUCAUAAUUACAAUAUCACAAGCAACAAACCUUGAAACAAAGAAACACUCACAACAGAUUGAAAUCCACCAAUCACUGAUCACAAACCAUGACCUUUUGAACCUGUUCAAAUUAAGUCUUGUUUGCUAAGAUGAUUGGCGGCAGGGAAAAAUGCAAACGUCAGUUGGCUUUUGAACUUCAGAGUUCAAGUGUUUUUGAAAAGCGCCAUAACUGACUAACAUGUACAUUGUAAUGAUGAUCUUAUUUAGCUUAAUGUGUUUUAAAAGAAGUAAUUUCUGUAGAAUCCUUUGAAGACGGGGAAGAGGAAAGGGCCCAAAAAGAGGAAAGGGCCUACUGGAUGGAGGGGACCAUCCAGAGGGGGGCUAAAAGGAUAACUGAGUAUGUCCAUCAAUACGUAUGCACUAUUCAGAGUAAUGUUAUAAGUACUGCCUUUGAAUGAGCACUGCCUCUCCCUCUUCAUCAAGAAUGUAAUGCCUUUUCAGCAACAUUUGUUCUUUGAAGACAACUCAAAAUGAAAAUUAACAUUAUUAUUGUAACCCAUCUUCAUUAGCCUGCCACUAAAGAGUGUAAGCACCACACAAAUGGAAAUUUAUUAUGUGUUUCAGCUCUUUGUGGGAGAAAUAAUAGAGUUCUAAAAAGUGAUGCGUAAAAAAUAAAUAGGUGAAAUUAUGGGAUUCAUCAGGAUAUUCUGAAAGAACAACAACCAAGAGGUCUACUUGCCAAAAACCAGCAUUUCGGGGCAAAUUGUCUCUGAGAUAUUAGCCCAGUUAUGCUCCAAUGACUCCAUACAGAUCCUUCUAAAUUUGACUGAGUUCAUAGCAUUAGCAGUGAGUCAAAUAUAGAUGUUGUUCUUUCAGAAUAUCCUGACAAAUCCCAUAAUUUCACAAAUUUAAUUUUCAUCUGUACAUUGUCUGGGUAACUUUAAAAUGGAAAUAAUACUGUUUUGCAAUGUAUGAAUUUUAGUCUCUUUAUAUACUGGUAGUUUACUUAACCAUUUGUGUGUGUUUCUCUGUUUUCUUUGUUCUUGUGUCCCUGACCUAAACAUUUAAACAUCAGUCUUUUCUUUUAACUGGCUGCCUGGCAUUUUUAACUCUUAGGUUAUUUUGGGCAGCCAGCGCCCCUAUCAUCGUCUGUACUAUUGUUAUAAACUUUUUAUUUCUUGUAUAUUAUGGGGUGAAAUAAAGUGUUGUUGUUGUUGUUGUUGUUGUCACAUGACGUCAUCACUUUAGAACUCUUUUGUUAGGGGGUUUACAAUGUAUUCUGUAUUGAUUGCCAGUGUGCAUUUUCUGUUGUGUUGAUGGGGAAAUGCAUUUCACAGUCAAGGACUGGUGACCUUAGGUGGUCCAGUAUAUUAUUAAAUAGUGUGUAUUAAAAUAAUGAAUGAAAAUCAAUAAUGGAACUGUGGGGUGAAGAAUAAAAAUGAAAGAAGAUCAUCACAGUUAUAGACAUGACUAUGCAGUUGCGAAAAAAAGCCUGAAAAACGUCAGGCUUAUAUGGGAUUUGAGCCCUUGAAUUCCAUGCAAUACCAUUGCAGCACUCUACUAAUUGAGCUAUUUCGCUUGUUAGCUCAACAGUAGAGUGCUGCACUGUUAUUGUAGAGGUCAACGGUUCGAUUCCUGAAUAUACAAGCCUGAAUUUUUUCAGGCUUUCUUUUCAAAACUGCAAAGUUAGUGUCUAUAACUGCAAUGAUCUUUCAUUUAAUAGUGUUUAUUCUCAAUUUGAAAAUUCUCAUUACAGUUGUACCAAUUUCUACCAGUUAAGUAGUGACAUUAAAAGGAAUCCUAAGAGUCCUAAGAGUGAUCAGCAUCAAAUCUCUCCUUGUAAUAUCAAUGCUUUGUAAAACAGAGUGGUCAUGUGAAUUACUGACAUGUUCACACACGAUGAAUUUGCUUGAUAUUUUGUUAACUUCUCCCCACUACUUCUGUAGGAAAUGAAUGGGGACAACAAAUGAGAAUUUAAAUUUUGAUCUGAGGGUUUAAAGGGUUAAAAUAAAUACAAGUCAGGAUAAGGCCUUACAGAGUUCAAAGAGGGGUGGUGACUGUAUUGUUUGAUCGAGUCCAUGAGUUUACUUUUUGAUUUGGGUUUUCUUUAACAGGCAGUAUGCAUGUAUUUGUUUUAUGGCAAUUAACAAGAUAGAAACAGGGAAGAAAAGGUUGGUAAUUCAAAUGCCUGUCAACAAUGAUUCUACAACUCUAUUCAAGUACUGGUAAUAAUGUUUUGCUCAUGAAAACAGUUACUGGACUCAGUUCACCAGACUGUUCAAACAACACCCACUGCUACAUGUACACUGUAUAUCUAUAGUUUCUUGUUAUUUGAUUUUUAUCCACCUGACAAAAUUAAUAAUCAUUAUUUUUAGUUUUUAUAAGUUUUCUCAAGAUUUUUCAACUUUAGAUAGCACUCAGGAUACUGUUAUAGAUAAUCGCAUGUCAUCCCUACCAUGCAUCUGAGAGCCUGAAACAGGCUAUUGUUGCAGGGGUGAGAAUGUUACAUGCAAGCAAGGUUUGCCUCUCUUGCUCACAUGUACAAGUACAUGUAAUAAUUUUAUUUAAUUCUUGUCUGUGCAACGAUCCCAAGGUACUGUCACAGCACUCUGUCUCAAAUUAAAUAGAGGGGACAUUGAGAUUACUAAGCGAGUCUUUUGAAGAAGAAGAAAAUGAUACGUUUUUUGCAUCAAAUGGAAACUUGGAAAAAGUCCAAGCCCCAGAUUGGGAUUCAAACCCAUGACCCUCUGGGAUUCGACCCCACAAAUCUCAUCUGGGGCUCCUAUAGUUUCCAUUGAUGCAAAAAACGUAUUGUUUUCUUCUUCUUCUUCAAAAGACUCACUUGGUAACUUGAUGGUUGCGUUGCGUGAUGCAGCAGUGCCAGAUCCAGACCUUGAGAUAAGGGGGGUGCAGUCUCCUAAAAAAUUUUCUUCAGCCCUUUGGGCGUCACUUUGGUCUAAAAAUAAGAGGUAGGGGGCGCCCCCCCAGGCCCCUCCCCUGAAUCCACCACUGUGCAGUUCAGAGUCAUACGUGCUUGUCCGGGUUUGACUAUGUGACUGUGCGAUGCAGUUCUACUCAAAGAACCACAUUUCACCCUUGCUCGCCAUCAAGUCUCCAGUGGCUCAGUGGUUGGUGCAUCUGACUAGAUCACGGAGGUCUGUGAGUUCGAAUCCCAUCUGGGGCUCGGAUUUUUUCGGAGUUUCCAUUUGAUGCAAAAAACGAAUCAUGACAUUGCAUUUCUUCAACACAAAAUCAAAACUGUUUCUCGAGUGUUUAGGAUUCACUAAUUUAGUGAUUUAAUACAAUAAGAGAAUGGAUGUUAGCAGAAAAAGUUAGUAAAUUGUAUCCUUUUUGGGGAACAUACAUUAUCAGCCAAUGACACAAUGCAGACUGAGCUAUGUUUAAUAAUGUUAUAUUUACCAGGCUGUUGUACUUGACAUUUGAUGAUCUCACUUUCUGUGCUGGGCAGAUGUUAGAUCACUGGACUGUUAAUUCAGUUGAGGGAUCAUCUGGUAAGUAUCUUUUUAAACUCAUAGCUGAUCAGUUCUACUUGUAGAUUACCCCUAGGAGUCAGUGGCAUGGUAAAGAACAGAAAAAAGUGGGAAGAAUACAAAAUAAAAAAUAACUGCCAUCAAAAUUUUGUUUAAACUAAUUUUUAUUUUGUCCCUGAAUUGCCAAAUUUUGAAGAGGUUGAACUUCGUCUGAAAGUCAACGUUGCUGAUCAUUCCUUUAGCUACUGCAUCUUGUUAAAAAGCGGUGGCAAAUUAUUCCUUUGUUUUCGUGAUAAUAUUAUUGGGGCCAGCUCAAUGCCUUUUUUCAAGGUAAAAGUUCAUUUGAAUUCUGCAGAUGCGACCUGGUCAGAGAGAGCUACAUUGGUUUAUAACAUUAACUAUUCUCGUCCCCAGAGCCUCCUUGGGGCCUGAGCACGAAGACCUCGUGUUCAGGCCCCCGGAAGGCUCUGGAGACGGGAAUGAACAUUAACAUUAAAGAAAAGUAACUAUUGCCACUAUUUUGGAAAUAUGCCUUAUUGACCUAGUGUGAGGUCAGGAUGGCUGGAUGGUGGUGAAGUUUUUUUUUUUUUUUGCGCUUUUAUGGACUGAGGCAAAGUGGAAGUCAAUGAAAAGGCAGAAUAGAAUGAGGCUAAUUUCCUGCAAUCUUGGCCGAACAAGCUUGGUCAAUAAAGGAUUUGUUAUAAGGCCAAAAAGAGAACUUUUUCUUGUGGGAGCGACGAAGAAAAUACCGAGAGAAGGGCCCAUCUUACCCUUUUGGGAAAGCCAAUCAGAACACACGACCCUCCUCAUCCUGCCCUCUUGCAGAUUCAGCCACAAAAUAAUAAGGCGUAUAGACUGUUCCAGCAUUCCAGUAAACUUUUGCACCAACCCAACGAAUGGGUUGACAACAUAAAGUGAUUUGUUUAAAAUUAAAUGAAGAAUGAUCCUCGCAGUUGUGAACGCAAUUUAUGCAACUGCGUAAAAAGGUGAAAAAAAUUCAGGACUUCAACGGGAGUUGAACCCGUGAACUCGCGAUACCGGUGCGAUGCUCUAACCAACUGAGAUAUGAAGCCACUGCUGUUGGUAGCUUGUCAAUUAUAUGUUCAUAUCUUCCCGUAAAAGAGAUGAAUGUGAUAGAUGUAUAUGAAUAUUGUGUAAAAUUGUCAACCUUAGCUUCGGCUUUAUUCAUUACUUAGGAAAGGAUUGUACCAUAGCAUUCCAGAAGUGGUAUUCCAAGAAAUUUUAAUUGCCUGAAAUAGUUAAACACCGUCCAAAAUCAAUGCUUAUUUCUAAUCUCCAAUAUACUCUAAUACCAAUAUACCAAUAUACUUCUAAUCUCCAAAGAGAAAACAGUUCCCUUACCCCCAUUCCUGUUGAAAGUACACACUUAAAGUCAGGUCGCAAUGAUAACAAUUAGUUUUGUUUGGCUCGGGAAACAUUAUGGCUUGUCGACCACGUGACCAAGAAUCAACCAAUGGUGGUCCCUAUUUAAUCGAAAGUCUAGAAAUGAUUAUAACAAAGUACUUAUAUCUCUAAAUGCUGAACAGUAAGUGGCAACGUCAUCCUUUGCGAUGCAGUUGCAUCACCAAGUCCAUGUAUAAACCUUGUAAACUGUUUUGUCGCAAAAUUACGCUUCACAACAACCUACAUAAAAAGCGUGUCCUUUAUGAAGAGGCCUUUCUGGUUUUCAUUGCUUUAAUUGUGGAAAUACAGCUUUCAGGGUUGUUUUCAGAAUAGUUUUGGAUUUCCAUACUUACUUAAAAGUAAUUUAUUGGAAUAAUAAAUUUUGUUGUACCAUUCAACAGCUUGUCAUCCCAUAAACAACAUCUUUAUCUGUAAGCAUGAGGGUUUAGUCACAAUUAGUGCACUUAAAACACCUCCUUGUAUAAUUUAUUACUUUUAAAUUUGAUUUUUUCAAGUUAAAAAGUAGUUUCCAUAAAACACCUGCACUGUGCAUGUAUGCGACAAAUUUCACUGACAUUUUUAAAGAACGUAAAAUAAUAAACACUUUAUGACUAGUCCCGAGGGAAACAGUUAAUUUUGUUUCCCGAGAAUCUCAAUGUUUCCCGUAAGUGAUUUGUUAUAUUAUAGGUGGAAAUUCAUUAAACCUCGCUGUAAUGCCGGGGCGCGAUCCAUUCAACCAAAAUUCAGGUCGGUCCGACCGGGAAAAGUGGUUCGCCUCAAAAGGUGGACAAGUUUUUUCGAAACUUUUCCGGUUGGACCGAACCUAUCCAUUGAGUUUUGGACCGAAAUUUCCGGAAAUUUUGGUUGAAUGGAUCGCGCCCCCGGUCAACAUUCGCGGGUAACAGUGCACUGUUCCCCUCUGACGACAUAGAUUUUGGAAUGUGCCCUUUGAUGUCAUGUGACGUCGAAGUAACCAAUGAUAGCGCGCGCUGUUAGGAAGAAAUUUCCAGCUCUAUAACAACUGGCAUUAUAGCGGAGCAUCAUGGGUACGAAAAUCUGCUUAUCUAUGUAUUCAAGAAAUUCUGGUUCUGACAAAGUCGUCUGCACGUACGUCCACCCUAUAUUCAUGUAGCUGGGGUGAAAUUUUGCAUUUCAAGCACGCCGCGGGGGAAAUCGCAUGGCCACCCGGACUUUAAGAGAGAAAAAAGAGCAAUAAAGCCCAGUCUCUCUUUUAGAGCGAGAAAUAAUUACUUGCGCAGCAAGAAUAUCAGAGAACUUUAGAUUCAAGGACCAGGAUGACUACGAGUACGAGAUUUGACGAUAACUUGUUCCCGCCACUACGACAUUCUCGCUAAAAUUCGUAGUAGAGUGACGACGGCUACCACGUUUUCCCGCCAAAAUGACGCUGGUUCAAGCGCGAACACGUUGUCGUACUCGUCUUAGAAUCUAAAGGUCUCUAUCUACAUGUACCUGUCCCGGACUACCGGACAGGACUUUUUUCGAGUCCUGAUGUUGAAGCAAUCAGCAUCAAACACUGUUACAUCGUUUUUUGUAGCUGCUGACGUGGGGGAUACUGGUGCUGAGUUUGACAGAGUUUUCCUUCAAGAGUUAAGAGAUCUCAAAGUGUUUGUCAACGAUAAAGAUAUAGUGGAUGAACACAAAAGGUAAAAAUUCCAUUAACUUAUAGAAGGCGGCUCUAAGCAUUCCGUUUUUUUUUUUUUAAAUCUGUCUUCUUUUCUUUUGUAGCGAUGUUUGAUACCAUAAAAUAUGCAGGAUUUUAACGUUCAACCAAACAGUUCGCGCGGCAACUACCUCAUAACAUUAGUAAACUUCUGCUAUAUCAUGAGCCACACGAGUUCCGGAACCUACUCCAGAGAGUUAGGGCACGAUCCAUUCGACCAAAAUUCAGACAGGUCCGACCGAAAAAAGAGGACCACCUCAAAAGGUGGACCCGUUUUUUCGAAACUUUUCCGGUUGGACCGAACCGAUCCAUUGAGUUUUGGACCGAAAUUUCCGGAAAGUUUGGUUGAAUGGAUCGCGCCCUUAGUCUUCUGUGCAGUACAUAUUGUAAAAAAAUUAAAGGAACAUAAAUUCGUGUUUUGUUUUAUUUUCUUAUUCACAUUAUUGUGACAACUAAUAUGUUCAUGGCUACAACACCAGAAGCCAUGAUUUGCUGCGUCCUACUCUUGUGAAAACUGCUAAGUACCAAGGAAGCUUUAGAAUAAACGGUGCUAGCUUGUUCCAGGGGCCCGUUUCUCGAAAGUCCCGAUAAUCAACGGGCCCGGUAAGCUGUGUCCGUUUACAUUAAAGAUCGAGGUUUCAAUAGUUUUGCAUCUAACAUGAUAAAACUAUCAGUCAAUGAAACAAAAUGGAGUAGUUUGCCACCCUAGACCCGCGCUCUUGUUCUUUUUAUUUCGAUUUGAAAAUUUGAUUUCGGGCCCGAAAAGUUACCGGGACUUUCGAGAAACGGGCCCCAGGCUGUCAGAUAGUGGGAAUGACGCGUAGGUGAAAGGCACGCGAAAUUAUGAGCACCUGAUCUGGUGUAUUGUCAAUUUCGCGGACUCGACUAUCUCGGAGCCUGGAACAGGCUAAAACAGUGCUCGCACAUACAACACUCUACCGGAAAACAUCAGGCAAAUAGCCACGCUCAGUGAAUCAUCGUAGACAAUAAUGCCUGUACAUGUUGCCUCAUUAAUUAAUUGUCUUGUCUCUUUUAUCUUUUGAUGGCUUUGUUUGUGUCAGGGCUCCAUUUAAACUGGCUCUGCUAAAUUGGAUGCUCCUGGAUAAAUAUUGCUUUAAAUAAAUUUAAAUAAAAGCGGUAGAUUAUUUACCAUGAAGAGGAGAAUGUUUAAAAUGUGUGCUAUCUUUUACAGAGUUUUUGAUUAACCUUAAGAAUUUUUAAGUAACAACUUUGUUUCUCUCUCUUUUUUUAGUUUAGUUUGCAUUGACAUAAGCAAAAAGUUCACCAAAAAGCUUACGAAGUCCGUGGAAGCGAAUUUUAAGGUACAAAAGUUUAGUUGAAAAGUAAUCCGGGAGCUUCUUCUUUUUAGACAGCGUGCAACACUUUCUUUUCGAAAUUACCUCGUUUUUGACUUUGAAAGUAGCAUGUGGUAGAAAUUUGGCCGAAGAGGAUUGGAACAAGCAAACGAAUCGUCCCAUUCCCUCUCGGUGGCACGUUCGAAAUGCGCGCGCGGGAAAGCAAAAUGAGCAGUCUACUUGAUUCGGUUUAUACUAUAAAAACACUGGACUGACCAUCCAGAGUAGUUUAUGAACCAGAGUUAACCAUAGUAGUGUGCAACAAGGAGAAGGGCUUGCGCAAUAAGGACGGCGAGAGGAGAAAAUAAAAUGGUGUUUCAAUUUGUCAUAAGUUUCGUAGGCGUUGUGCUGUAGUCGUUAUCGGCUGUUUGAGUGGGUCCGGCUUUUGCCGUAGUAUCAUAUUUGGACUGGAUGCUUGAUAUCGUCUCUCAUCACGCGACAAUAGAGACCUUUAGAUUCUAAGACGAGUACGAGUACGAGUACGAGAUUUUCUCUAUACUAAGUAGUGCUCGCGCGUGAUGCAGCGUCAUUUUGGCGGGAAAAUGUGGUAGCCGUCGUCAUUCUACUACGAGUUUUAGCGCGAAUGACGUGCUGGCAAAACCAAGAUAACAACUGUUUUACCAUUUUGCGAUCGGGAAAGCGCGUAACCUCCUUCACUUAAGAUAACAGUGCUAACUUUUCUAGUGAAAAAUGGUAAAAUGAAGCUUUCCUGGAAGUCUAUAUUUUGAGAAGACGCAAAAAACUUCAAGUCAAAUCUCGUACUCGUAUAGUCGUUCUCGUCCUCGAAUCUAAAGGUCUCUAAUAUCAUUUUAGUGAAGCCCACUUGAAACAUUAAUGCCUUUUGAAUGAUGUAUUUACGCUCAUGAAUCGUAUUUUUUUUCUAUUUCUAGACUCUCUGUCGAUCCCUGCUUAAUAUAGCAGCUGGUCUCAUCCACAGCAAGGAAGUUAAGGAUGUCUUAAGUGACUUUGUGGAAAAGGUAGGGUUUGUUUUCGUUACAACCGUAACUCGAAAUUACAGCAACACAACUACGCCUCAGUUGCUGCUGCACUGUGACUUCAACAGAGUUUUGCAAGUCAGGUUUUACCCUGUAAAAUUAGCACACCCUUACGUUGGUCUGUAGUAAGGUGUUCGCCGAAGUCACUUUUAAGAGCAUUGGUAUAAGGUCUCUCUCUGGUAAUUCUUCGAUCACGAUCGAGACGAUAACCCUAUCGCGUUUGCGAUAGUUGUACCGUUAUCAUUGUGUCUGGUUUAUUUUAUUACGAUCGCGAUUACUAUAGCGCUAUCGCAAUAGUUCUAUUUCCGAUAAUUGUAACGUUUUCGUGUAAGUUUUAUCGCGAUAGUUGUACCGCGAUUGCGAGAUGUAUCGCUUUUGUGAUAGUUUUGUCGCGGUUGCUCUUUGCUGAUUGCCUUUGUUACAUUGCAAUUACCUUAUCGUUAUCGCGAUGGUUGGGUGUGCGGUGUCUCCACGGCGAUCGCGAUAGUUGUAUCGCGAUUGUUGUGCUUUCGCUUCAUUGCUGUAUCGCCAUCGUGACAGUAAGCUGUUGUAUAGCGAUUGCUAUAUAGCGAUCUCCAGAACUGUAUCGCGAGUACUCUAUAGCGAUCACAAUUGCUAAAUUGCUAUUAUUGAAUCGCCUUCGCUCCAUCGCCAUCGCGAUGGUUGUAUGACAACUGUUCUAUCGCGAUUGCGAUUACUUAAGCGGGACACCGGACUCAACCCUGCAUCUCCUCAAUGAAUACCAAGCAAGUGAGAUUUAAACGGGUUGUGUAGAUACGGGGCGCUUACUCUAUUCGAAAUAGCUGGUUGAGCGUGUCAUACUACUUCUUAAUUUUAAGAACAUAAAGAAGGUUGAGAAGCAUUGACAAACGGUCUCAAAAUGCCCCCCUCCCUCCCCCCAAAAAUGUCGAGAGAAUGUCAAGCCUUUUAUUAUGCUAUACAGCCAAUUUGAUAGCUAGUACUAGCCUUUGGUGAUUCAGUGUUCUUUUAAGGGAUUUUACUUUAGGAGGCCGAGGGCCCCAUCCUCUGAAAUAUAGCUCCGAAGGAACUUAACUUGGGCAAAGCUAUCCGUACUCGUAUAUGUCAACAAACAUACGCCACGCCGCAACAAGCGCACGCACUCGAAAGGGUUUUGCGGUUAGUACUACAUGUAUGACCCUAUUAUAGUUGUUUUGUGAUUAAAGAUUGCGGUGAUAUGCCAUUACGCCACGUGUGUGUGACCAACGAUGAUAAAAGUCGAUUAAACGCUUUAGACGAUGAGUGUACGAACAUUUUCUAGUUCUUCUACGCGUUUGGCUCGUUGCCUCCUCUCUUAGACACUCCUUUGGCGGGAAUUCCGCGGGAAUCCCCCGGCCUGGUAAGAGCACUGGUAAUUGGUUUCGUUUUCUUUUUUAUUCACGACAGUUUAUAGAACCAUGCAAGCAGCUUGAAUGGGACUCUAAGGAGACUGAAAUUUUUCUUGGAUCUUUAGUGGAUACAUGCAUCAAACUCGACUCCUUAUACACGUACGUGUGAACCUAUCACUCCCAGAUUGAAUACAUGCAUUAAUGUAGUGAUGACUUUUGAGUGUGGGGACGAAAUUUUGUGGUAUGAUCAUCCCAAUGAAACCUCUUUAACAUGAUAAAAUAACGUGGGAAUUUUCUCGUCUUUUGUUGGCGGGAGCUUUUGUGAAAGUAGGGUUUUCAUACUUCUCGCGUGGAUCCUUUAUCAGGGUCGUGUCCGCAGUUGCCUAGCAACACAACCACGACAAACAAAACCGUAAGCCCGGACUUUGGAAGCCUUAAUUUAUCAACAGCAACAACUUCAAGCCAUGAACAACAAAAGUCUGCGUAGUGUUCGACUUGUGAACAACGUUUUUGGCAGUUCGUGAGCAGGAAACGGCUCAAAUAGCCUCAAAAGGCUAUAAGGGGUUUUAGGAUUUCUUAAUGUGAUGGCAUUCAGUCUUCCUAUCAUGAGACUGAUCCUGGUUUCGAGUCCUGGUUAAGUGAUUUUUUUCCUGGUUUUGCCCCCUUUAAUUCCUAUCGUUAUAUCUUUCCCCCGAGCUCCGCUUGGUCAGUCUGCGAGGCAGGUAUUUUAAGUAUACCAUUGUUCUAGGUUAGAAUGCUCCGGUACUAGCGCUGGAUUUUGUCUCAACAGGUCCAACCUGGAACGCUUGAUUCCAGUCUACUCUCGCUUCAUGACAGUGUCACAGAAGUGUAUAGUUAGAAUGUACCACGAGUGAUCUCCUAGCAAGGAAUCAAGCUCCGGUAGUACUCUGUUCAGGAGGGCUCCGUGACGUGACUCGGCAUUAACGCUUUUAUUGUCGUGCGGAUGUCCGAUUUACAGCCAAAGCAGGAAACUUACGGCAAAUCACACUGAUAAAAAGAUCUCUCAAACCCUUCCACUUUUUUAAUUGUCUCUUUCAGAUUCGUUUGUGAUCUAAAAAGAACAGACCCAACGCAACUAGAAAUGACCUUAUGUCAAUAGCUCGCGGCCAAUGAACACGCAACAGUUUCCACAGUCACUGUUAAAUGGUACAUGAAUGGUUGUAGCUAAAAAGAAAAUAUUAAAAAGCGUGAUAGAAGUGCGAAUUUGCGCAGAUACGAUCAAGGCCCAUGUUCACAAAUCCGGACGUUUUUGAAACCGCAUAUUUUUUUCCUAGAUUCGUGUGAAUGCGGCUUUAAACCGCUUUGGAGAGCAGCUUCAAAACAAUGCGGUUUCGGUGUUCGGAUUCACUAGUUUCGUGUCGGUGAGGGUAAAAGGCGGAAUGAGCGUGCGAAAUGGCAUGAGGCAUGGGUUGCGGAAUGACAUAAUUACGCAGAAUGUAAUAUAUGGAAAAUGGCGCAAAGAAAUAAAUUAAACAGAGAAACGCUGCCGCGCCUUUUUUGGGCGCUAAUUUGAAGGAGCAACCGCUUAGCCGUCCUGUUUAUUAAUGCUGGCCCAAACCAACAAGGCAGAGCAGCACGUUGGAGUUCACGAGGAUUUAUAUGGAGGAAAUCUCUUCUAGUGGCGGUAAGCAUUACUCAUGUUUACUGCAUUUCUUUCGCCUUAAUGCAGUCAACGAAUCAGAUCAUAUUUGAGACCAAAUGAACGCCCCGGGUCAAACAUUAACCUUUAGUCCAGAAAUCGAGUGAAGCGAACUGCUCUGUGUCUCCUUUCCGAGUCUCUUCGCACCUCUCUUGUUUUUGUGGUGUGUGCAAUUGAUCGUGAAAAAUGGUAAAAGUAGGAAAGAAAAAGAAAAGAAAGAAAGGAAAAAAUAAAAACCCACACUCAAUUGGCAGGGUUCGAACUCGCGCCUCUCCGCCAGCUGCCAUGGGCUGAAG